UAACCGAGUUCCAGGCCUUCCUGGUGUAGGGAAGUAGACUUGCAGUCUCUCCAGGGCCCACCCCUGUAAGUCCCCUCUAGGCAGGAUGGCGGUGUGGAGGGAGGGGAGGAAAAGGGCAUACCCUGUGGAGGUGACUCCUUGAAUUAGAGCUUGGGGUCAGAGAAGCCAGACCCUGCUGCCAACCCGAGCACAGCUGGCCUUCCCCAGGCCUAGUGCCACAAUCCACGGGCCGCAGCAUGUGUCCUAAGCUCGGGCACACAGGGCUCCUGCAUUCAGCUUCCUCCUAGACGGCUUCGACGACGGCAGAAUGUGGCGCCUGGCAGGCUUGCUGCUGUUCCUGGCCAUUUGGGGCAUUUCUGGCAAACCAGUCCCUUCCGACUCAGUGUUCUCCAGCAGCCAGCGCGCCCACCAGGUGCUGCGGAUCCGAAAACGCGCUAACGCCUUCUUGGAGGAGGUCCGGCCUGGCAACCUGGAGCGUGAGUGCUACGAGGAGAUCUGUGACUUCGAGGAGGCCAAAGAAAUUUUCCAAACUGUGGAUGCCACUCUGGCUUUCUGGUCCACAUACUUCGACGGUGACCAGUGUGCAAACCUGCCCCCGGAGCACCAGUGUGCCAGCCCCUGCUGUGAGCACGGCGUGUGCAUCGACGGCCUGGGCAGCUUUACCUGCGCCUGCAAAGCGGGAUGGGAGGGCCGCUUCUGCCAGAAUGAAGUGAGCUACAGCAACUGCUCGGUGAACAACGGUGGCUGCGCACACUAUUGCCUGGUGGAGGGGGAUGCACGGCGCUGCAGCUGCGCACCAGACUACAAGCUGGCGGAUGACCACCUGCAGUGCGAGCCCGUGGUGAUAUUCCCAUGUGGGAGGAUACAGAUGCAAGUAGAGAAGAAGCGAAGUAACUACAAACGCGACACAAACCAAGUAGAGCAAGAAAAUCAAGAUGAACCAUUAGAUCCAAGGAUGAUCAACAGCACUGAGAGCAGCGGAGCGAGCCAGUUAGGUCCCAGGAUCCUCAAUGGAACGGAGACCAGAAGGGGAGAGAGCCAGUUAGCUCCUGAGAUCCUCAAUGGCACCGAGACCAGAAGGGGAGAGAGCCAGUUAGCUCCUGAGAUCCUCAAUGGCACCGAGACCAGAAGGGGAGAGAGCCAGUUAGCUCCUGGGAUCCUCAAUGGCACCGAGACCAGAAGGGGAGAGAGCCAGUUAGCUCCUGGGAUCCUCAAUGGCACCGAGACCAGAAGGGGAGAGAGCCAGUUAGCUCCUGGGAUCCUCAAUGGCACGGAGACCAGAAGGGGAGAGAGCCAGUUAGCUCCUGGGAUCCUCAAUGGCACCGAGACCAGAAGGGGAGAGAGCCAGUUAGCUCCUGGGAUCCUCAAUGGCACCGAGACCAGAAGGGGAGAGAGCCAGUUAGCUCCUGGGAUCCUCAAUGGCACCGAGACCAGAAGGGGAGAGAGCCAGUUAGCUCCUGGGAUCCUCAAUGGCACCGAGACCAGAAGGGGAGAGAGCCAGUUAGCUCCUGGGAUCCUCAAUGGCACUGAGACCAGAAGGGGAGAGAGCCAGUUAGCUCCUGGGAUCCUCAAUGGCACUGAGACCAGACUUGGAGAGCGCCAGUUAGAUCCCAGAAUCGUCAAUGGCACUGAGACCAGAAGGGGAGAGAGCCAGUUAGCUCCUGGGAUCCUCAAUGGCACGGAGACCAGAAGGGGAGAGAGCCAGUUAGCUCCUGGGAUCCUCAAUGGCACCGAGACCAGACUUGGAGAGCGCCAGUUAGAUCCCAGAAUCGUCAAUGGCACUGAGACCAGAAGGGGAGAGAGCCAGUUAGCUCCCGGGAUCCUCAAUGGCACCGAGACCAGAAGGGGAGAGAGCCAGUUAGCUCCCAGGAUCGUCAAUGGCACCGAGACUAGACUUGGAGAGCACCAGUUAGAUCCCAGAAUCGUCAAUGGCACCGAGACCAGAAGGGGAGAGAGCCAGUUAGUUCCUGGGAUACUCAAUGGCACCGAGACCAGACUUGGAGAGCGCCAGUUAGAUCCCAGAAUCGUCAAUGGCACCGAGACCAGAAGGGGAGAGAGCCAGUUAGUUCCCGGGAUCCUCAAUGGCACCAAGACCAGACUUGGAGAGCACCAGUUAGAUCCCAGGAUCGUCAACGGCACGGAGACCAAACUUGGAGAGAGCCCCUGGCAGGUGAUCUUGCUGGACUCCAAGAAGAAGCUGUCCUGUGGUGGGGUGCUCAUCCACAGCUCCUGGGUGCUGACUGCGGCCCACUGCAUGGACGGGUCCCGGAAGCUCACCGUCAGGCUCGGUGAAUAUGACCUGAGGCGUAGAGACAAGGGGGAGGUGGAAUUGGACAUCAAGGAGAUCUUCAUCCACCCCAACUAUACCCGGAGAACCACCAACAACGACAUUGCACUGCUCCACCUGGCCCAGCCCACCAUCCUCUCCAAGACCAUCGUGCCCAUCUGCCUUCCAGACAGCGGCCUUGCGGAACGGGAGCUCACGCAGGCUGGCCAAGAGACAGUGGUGACGGGCUGGGGCUACAAGUCUGAGCGGAAGGGAGAUACCAGGAGAAACCCCACCUCCAUUCUCAACUCCAUCCGGAUUCCUGUGGCUCCUCACACUGAAUGUACCCAGGUCAUGAACAGUGUGGUGUCGGAGAACAUGCUGUGUGCCGGCAUCCUCGGGGAUUCCCGAGACGCCUGUGACGGUGACAGUGGAGGGCCCAUGGUUGCCUCCUUCCAAGGCACCUGGUUCCUGGUGGGCCUGGUGAGCUGGGGUGAGGGGUGUGGGGUCCCUAACAACUAUGGUGUCUACACCAAAGUCAGUCGCUAUCUUGACUGGAUCAACAGCCACAUCACGGGCAAGGGUGGUGUCCCCCGCAAUCACGUGCUAUAGCUGCCUCACUCAUCUCUGGACCCCAGGCCUCUUGCAGUGGGACUGGGCUGCUGGGUGGCAGUGUGUGGGCCAUUAAAGGGGCACACAGUAAGCUCAUUGGCCUGCA